AUGAAUGAAUUCCUAAACACUAGGCAAAAUGGAAGCAAUUACAACAAUGAUCUGCUUGUGGUUGAAUGGCGUGAUUGGAUCUUAUGUGCCCCGCAAGAUGGUACUCCCAUAGGAGAUACCAAUCUUGGAUCGAAGAAGGCAAAACCAGGAUCGACUUACCGAUUUGGUGAGAAGGUCAACCAGUUGGUCAUGGGUGGAGAUAUGAGAAACAUGAAGAGCGCCACUUCUAACUUUUUCGUGAACAAAAUGGAAUUGAGUGCAAUAUGUUUCAUACGAGAGUGGAAAACUGGAUUGGCACAAAGAUAG